AUGAGGCCUGUCAACACCCUGCGCCCGUGUCGAACUGGUACCCGUGCGGGGUUCCAGAGGCGUCUGGUGCUCGCUCUUUCAGCUUUCCAGUCUCGCACAUUCUCCUGCACUGCACAGAGACGAGACGAUAAACUAAAAACUACCCCUUCCAAUCUCAUCACCUCCGUCCCGUACUCAGCCCUCACGGUCGGCGUUCCCCUCGAAACCUACCUCAACGAACGCCGUGUGGCUCUCACGCCUCAGAAUACAGCCCUUCUCCUCAAGAAAGGCUUCAGUCGCGUGCUCGUCGAACGCGGUUCCGGCUCCGAGGCCAAGUUCCCAGAUGAAGCGUAUCAGAGUGCGGGCGCGACCGUGGUUGGGCGCGAUGAGCUAUGGGCGGACAGCGACAUCCUACUCAAGGUCCGCGGUCCUAGGAUCGAAGGAGAUAUCAACGAGGUGCACCAGAUGCGCGAAGGUUCAACGCUACUUUCACUCCUGUAUCCGGCGCAGAAUAAGAGUAUCGUGGAGGCGUUGGCCGCUCGGCGGGUGACGUCGUUCGCAAUGGAUAUGAUUCCUCGCAUUUCUCGUGCUCAGGUGUUUGACGUGUUGAGUUCUAUGGCAAAUAUUGCGGGCUACAAGGCCAUCUUAGAGGCGUCAAAUCACUUCGGCAGGUUUUUACCCGGUCAAGUGACUGCAGCUGGAAAGAUCCCUCCGGGCAAAGUCCUGGUCAUUGGUGCUGGUGUCGCAGGUCUUAGUGCAAUCUCUGCCGCGCGUCGGAUGGGUGCAAUCGUACGCGGUUUUGACACUCGCUCCGCGGUGAGAGAGCAAGUUCAAUCUCUUGGAGCUGAAUUUAUCGAAGUUGAUAUCCAAGAAGAUGGCUCUGGAGCUGGUGGAUAUGCAAAAGAAAUGUCCAAAGAAUUCAUCGAGGCCGAAAUGAAACUGUUCCUCGAGCAAGCUCGUGAAGUUGACAUCAUUGUCACCACGGCUCUGAUCCCCGGGAAACCCGCUCCUAAGCUGAUCACUGAUGAGAUGGUCGCCGCGAUGAAACCAGGCUCCGUUAUCGUCGAUCUGGCGGCUGAAGCUGGAGGAAAUUGCACGUUGACCGUUCCGGGACAGUUGGUGACUCGAAAUGGCGUUACUAUUAUCGGUUACACUGACCUUCCGUCCCGGCUUCCCACGCAAUCCUCUACUUUGUACUCGAAUAACAUUACCAAGUUCUUACUCUCAAUGAACCCUGAAGAGAAGCACUUCGGUGUCGACCCUACAGAUGAAGUCGUACGCGGCUCAAUCGUCACUCACGGCGGCGAAAUUCUCCCGCCAGCACCGCGACCUGCACCUCCUCCAACGCCGCAGCCAAAGGCUGCAAGCACAGAGGUGUCCAAGGAGUCCGCUGAGCUUGCCCUGACGCCGUUCCAAAAGGUAUCCCGCGAGGUGGCGACCGUGACAGCGGGAAUGGGAUCAGCUCUCGCGCUCGGGAAAUUUACGGGCCCAUUGUUCAUGAGUAAUGUAUUUACUGCCGGUCUCGCAGGUCUAAUCGGAUAUCGAGUUGUCUGGGGUGUGACUCCUGCUUUGCACUCUCCCCUGAUGAGUGUGACCAAUGCGAUCUCCGGUAUGGUCGGUGUUGGAGGCUUGUUCAUCAUGGGUGGUGGAUAUCUUCCUGGCACCAUUCCUCAGGCCCUCGGGGCUCUGUCUGUCCUUCUCGCUUUCGUCAACGUAUCCGGUGGAUUUGUGAUCACCAAGCGCAUGCUUGAUAUGUUCAAACGUCCCACUGAUCCCCCAGAGUAUCCUUGGUUAUAUGCUAUCCCCGGUCUUCUCUUCGGUGGAGGAUACAUUGCCGCCGUAAGCACUGGAAUGGCAGGCCUUGUGCAGGCAGGCUACCUCGUGAGCAGCAUUCUCUGCAUCAGUUCCAUCUCUGGGCUUGCCUCCCAGGCAACUGCACGACAAGGAAACAUGCUCGGUAUCUUAGGUGUUAGCUCCGGUAUCCUGGCGUCUUUGGCCGCCGUUGGCUUCCCCGUCGAAGUUCUCGCCCAGUUCGUUGGCGUCGCUGGUAUUGGUAGUAUCCUCGGUGCAAUCAUCGGCCGUCGCAUUACGCCAACUGAGCUCCCCCAAAUGGUUGCUGCUUUGCACUCUGUUGUUGGUCUGGCUGCUGUCUUGACCAGCAUUGGUAGCGUCCUCGCGGAUAUUGGAUCGAUCUCUACUUUGCACCUUGUUACCGCCUAUCUAGGUGUCCUCAUUGGUGGUGUCACUUUCACCGGUUCAAUCGUCGCGUUCCUUAAGCUUGCGGGGAAAAUGGCAUCCAGGCCGCUGAACCUCCCUGGGCGACACUUGGUUAACUCCUCACUACUCGGUAGUAACAUGGCGCUUAUGGGCGCGUUCGUGACUAUGGCUCCUGGUUCACCCGCCAUCGCUGCUGCAUGCUUGGGCACAAGCACGGUUCUGAGUUUCUUGAAGGGAUAUACCACCACUGCUGCUAUCGGUGGCGCUGACAUGCCUGUCGUAAUCACUGUCCUCAACGCGUACUCUGGUUUUGCUCUUGUUGCAGAAGGUUUCAUGUUGGAUAACCCGUUGCUUACCACUGUUGGCUCAUUGAUUGGAGUCAGCGGUUCCAUUCUGUCGUAUAUUAUGUGUGUUGCCAUGAACCGGUCAUUGACCAACGUCUUGUUCGGUGGCAUCUCUGCGCCAACGCAAGCCGAACACAAGAUUGAAGGGCAAAUCACAAAGACUUCGGUCGACGACACCGCUGAUGCUCUCCUAAAUGCAGAGAGUGUCAUUAUUGUUGUCGGAUACGGUAUGGCUGUCGCCAAGGCUCAAUAUGCGAUUUCUGAAAUUACGCGAAUGCUCCGAGCCAAAGGCGUCAAAGUGCGGUUCGCCAUUCACCCUGUUGCCGGAAGAAUGCCUGGACAGUGCAACGUCCUUCUCGCGGAGGCAGCUGUUCCGUAUGAUAUCGUUUUGGAGAUGGAUGAGAUCAACGAUGACUUCGGCGAAACCGACGUUACCCUGGUCAUCGGUGCCAAUGACACGGUGAAUCCGAUUGCGCUUGAGCCAGGCUCCGCUAUUGCCGGCAUGCCCGUGCUCCACGUGUGGAAGAGUAAGGAGGUCAUUGUUAUGAAGCGUGGAAUGUCCAGUGGUUACGCCGAUGUACCGAACCCCAUGUUCUACAUGCCCGGAACAAAGAUGUUGUUUGGCGAUGCGAAGAAUUCAUGUGAUGCCAUCCAACAUGCUCUUGAGUCUCGAAAGUAGAUUGACAACGCCUCACUAAAUGCCGCACCACGAACAUAACCUUUACUCGACGCAUUUUUUUUUUUUUUCUCCCCACAGGUCAGUAAGGUAAUUCACAGCAAGUCGGUUUGUUGGAUAUACCCGGUAUAGAGCAAAUUAGAGCUGCGACGCUAGAACUUGCAUGCUUGAUGCCAUAUGCUGCCUCUUUUUGCUCUGAAGCGGUAAUUUUCUCGAUGCGUUGUGUAGAUAGAUGAUUUGUUUGAUCGAAAUAGUUGCAUAAUGAUACCUGUUUGUUUGGUUUGCUCCAU